AUGAUCCUCAGAUUCAGAACCCCAGAUGGGAUGUCCCGCAUUGAAUGCGAGGAAUCUCAAAGUCUGGAGUCUGUCUUAAGCCUACUAGCUCCAAAAUUGAGCCCAAUCGCGGAUCUGAAGACUUUGAAAGUUGGCCCCGGACCACAGCAGAUGACGCUUGCGCGCGAGAACUGCGAUCUCAGCAUUGCUCAGCUUGGAUACAGACAUGGCGAGCUUCUAAAUGUCAGCUAUGAUAAAGACGAAAGUGCCAAUCAGCGUCUGACUGCAGAAACAGCACAAAAUUCAGUGAAAAGCUCAUCCCAAGCCAGCGUCAAGAUUAGUUCGUCCAAAGAAGCCGGUCCACUCAAAAUCAAAGAAUUACCUGUUGAUGAAGAGCUCGAAAAAAUGGAUGGGUUGAUACCGCGCAAGCGAUCGUCUCUUUGCAAACACGGUGAUAAAGGGAUGUGCGAGUACUGCAGCCCGUUACCUCCAUGGGAUCGAGGGAACCAAAGCGAGCAUAACAUAAAGCAUAUUUCAUUCCAUGCCCAUCUGAGACAGCUCAAUGAGCAGACCAACAAAAAAGGUAGUGGAGGCUCAUACAUACCGCCUCUUUCGCAACCCGAUUUCCGCAUCAACAAGAAUUGCUCAGGCGGGCACGAGUCCUGGCCUCGAAGCAUCUGUUCCAAGUGCCAGCCGUCAGCUAUAACUUUGAAGCAGCAGGAUUUUAGAAUGGUUGACCACGUCGAAUUUCAGACAAGUGAGCUAAUCAACGAGUUUAUAGACAGUUGGAGAAGCACAGGAACUCAACGAUUUGGUUUUAUUUACGGUCAUUAUGCACCCUACAGCGCAACUCCUCUUGGGAUAAUAGCCAAAGCGGAAGCCAUAUACGAGCCUCCUCAGCACGAUGAAGCAGAUGGGUUGACCAUGGACCCGGAGCUUGUUGAACUCGAAAUGGUCAAGAUUGAUGCAAUUGCUCAAGACAUGGGACUUUCACGUAUUGGGAUGAUCUUCACAGACUUGACAGACACGGGGAAAGGAAAUGGUUCUGUCUUUUGCAAGCGGCAUAAGGACUCGUUCUUUUUGUCGUCUUUAGAAGUCACAAUGGCUGCAAGACAACAGCUAAAAACGCCCAAUGCAUGCAAGUACAGCGAACAAGGGUUCUACUCGUCGAAAUUUGUCACUUGCGUCAUUUCCGGCAACAUUGAGGAGGAGGUUGACAUAUCCACAUAUCAGGUUUCGACGGACGCAGAGGCCCUGGUUCAGGCUGACAUGAUCACAGGCUCGACGCAUCCCUCGAUGGCGUACAUUAACGACACCAAUGAGGACCGCUACGUGCCGGAACUUUUUUACAUGCGAAGAAAUGAGUAUGGCCUUUUAGUGAAGGAAAACGCGAAACCGGCAUUCCCAGUGGACUACUUGCUGGUGACUGUGACGCACGGGUUCCCUACGGCUGAAGCGCCAUCCAAACCCUUGUUUUCAACUGUCACAGGGUUUCCGUGGGCCAAUCGGCAGGUUCUUGGCCACUCUCAGGAUUAUUCACAGCUGAAGCAAUACUUGUACGAGGCUUCCAUAUCGGGCGAUUUCCAGUUGCUGCAGGAAAAGUUGUCGAACUUCCAUUUCCUGUUAUAUGUGCAUUCGUUACAGAUCCUAGGCCCACAGGAGUGGCAGUUGCUGUGUAAAGCGGCAACCGGAGAUUCUACGGCGGUUUUCCAGUUGGUCGAUUCACCAGAAUGGCAGACUUUAAUUAUGAUUUUACAAGAGUCUGUGUAG